AUGCUUCCAAAGUUGUUCUUCGUCAUUUCUACACUAAUUUCCUCCUUCAUUUUCACUACUCAUUCUUAUAAUACCCAAUGUCUUCACCAUCAGAAAAUCUUGUUGCUUCAACUCAAGGAUGAGUUGAGUUUCAAUUCUUCUCUUUCAACAAAAUUGGUGCGAUGGAAUGAAAGGGAUGAGUGCUGCAAGUGGCACGGUGUGGAAUGUGAUGUUGCUGGCUACGUCGUCAGUUUGCAGCUCGAUAAUGAGUCCAUUUCUGGUGGAAUCGCGGAUUCAUCGAGUCUCUUCAGACUUGUGCAUCUGCAGAAGCUAAAUCUAGCCUACAAUGAUUUCAACAACACUCCCAUUCCGAAAGGUAUUCACAAUCUCACCUAUUUGACACACUUGAAUUUAUCCGAUGCUGGAUUUGGUGGGCAGGUUCCCGCUGAAAUUUCUUCCUUGAGGAGGUUGGUUAGUCUCGAUAUCUCCUCUGAUUAUAUAUUUGUGAAACUGGAGAUGCUUGUCCGAAAUCUAACAGGGCUUCGGGAGCUUUAUCUUGAUGAUGUGAAUGUUAAUUCCUCUCAUGAGAGGAGAAAAUGGAGCCACAUUAUAUCAUCAUAUUUACCCAACCUCACCGCGUUGAGCUUAUAUGAUUGUGGUUUAUCUGGCCCUUUAGCUAAGUCCUUUUGGCAACUCCAUUCCCUUUCCAUCCUUCGACUAGAUUAUAACAAUCUUGGACCAGAACUUCCAGACUUGUUCGCCAAUUUUCCAACUUUGACCACUUUGUUUCUUUCUAACUGCAGUUUGAAGGGUUCGAUUCCAUCCACCUUUGCUAACCUAACCAACCUGAUUCGUCUCGAUUUGUCAGACAAUUCAUUCUCUGGUAAUAUUCCCCACUCUCUCUUUGCUCUCCCUUCAUUGUUGGAACUUGAUCUUCGCAGCAAUCAGUUUAAUGGCACUUUUCAACUGGACAAGUUUCUAAGUCUUGCCAAUCUAACCCUACUUGAUCUAUCUCACAAUAGAUUGUCAGUAGAUGUUGGCAACCUCAAUUCAACUUCAUAUGGAAAUCUCAACAUAAGCUGCACUACUGAUAGUGAUGACAGUGAUCAUUUGUCGCCAGAAGAAGAUGAAAACGGGGAAGAGAAGAGUGAGAUCGAGUGGGAGUAUGUAUCUUCUGCGCUUGGUUAUGUUGUGGGAUUAGGAAGCAUUGCAUGGACGCUUUUAUGCCGCAGAAGCUUCAGAGAAAGAUAUUUCGAGAAAAUAGAAGAGAUUGUUGACAAGAUUUUCUACGAGAGAGCGAGGAAAAUUAAGAAGACAUGA